CCGUGCCCGUCCCUGGCUCCACUGUGCGUCGGUCCGACCCUCAUGUGUGUGUCUGCCGCCUAGCAUCUAGAGAUGGCCGCAGAUAAGCAAACCGAAGCUAAAGUUUCCCUCACGGAUGAAAAUAAGGAGAAUUUACAGGACGGAAUUGGACUGGAAAUCCUGCAAAUCAUCAAGGAGUCCCAGCAGCAGCAUGGCCUCAGACACGGAGACUACCAGAGAUACAGAGGCUACUGUUCUCGCAGGAUGCGUCGCCUGCGCAAGACUCUUGGCUUCAAGAUGGGAAACAGACACAAGUUCGUUGGGAAGAAAGUAACUGUCGAAAUGCUCUCUGACCACAGGUAUCUUCUGCUGGUUUUGAUGGAGGCAGAGCGUGCAUGGAGCUACGCCAUGCAGCUGAAGCAAGAGGCCAAUACAGAACCACGUAAACGCUUCCACCUGCUGGCACGUCUACGGAAAGCUGCCAAGCACAGUGAGAAGCUGGAGAAGCUCUGCGAAAGCCCUCGUGUCGAUGCUAAGACCAAACUUGAGGCACAGGCCUACACUGCUUACCUCAGUGGCAUGGUAGAGUUUGAACUACAGGAGUGGAAGCGUGCUAUGGAGGCUUUCAACAAGUGCAAGACCAUUUAUGAGAAAUUAGCCAGUGCGUUCACAGAGGAACUGGCAGUUCUGUACCGCCAGCGCGUGGACGAGAUAUCACCCAACAUCCGUUACUGUGCUUACAACAUUGGUGACCAGAACGCCAUCAAUGACUUAAUGCAGAUGAGACUGACCGGUGGAGGAGGAGGCAUGAUGGCGGAGAAACUGGAGUCCCUGAUCACUCAGGCAAGAACCAAGCAGGCAGCCACCAUGAGCGAGGUGGAAUGGCGAGGGCGGACGGUGCCAGUCAAGAUCGACAAGGCCCGUAUCUUCCUGUUGGGUCUGGCCGACAACGAGUCCGCCAUAGCUCAGACGGCUAACGAGGAGACCAAAGAGCAUCUGUAUGAGACGCUGCUGGCCGAGUGCAGAGACACCAUCCAGGCCGUGAGAGAGGAACUGAAGAGUGAGGCGAAGCAGAGAGAGAGGGGCUCUGAAGGCGACAGUGGCAAGGUGUCCAACCUGCAGUUCCUGCACAGUUACCUGACCUACAUCAAGCUGUGCACUCUGGUGAAGAGGAACGAGAGCAUGGCCCAUACUCUUCAGGCCAAACUGAAGGAGCCCGAGAUGGACGAGAGCAAGAGGGGCCCCCGUCCACAGGACCUCAUCCGCCUCUACGACAUCAUCUUGCAGAGUCUGGCUGAGCUCUCCACCCUGCAGGGUCUGGAGGACGACCACACCUUCCAGAAGGAGGUGUCCCUCAAGACACUGGUCUACAAGGCUUACAGGUGUUUCUUCAUAGCUCAGUCUUACGUCCUGGUGAAGAAGUGGAGUGAGGCGCUGGUGCUCUAUGAAAGGGUGCUGAAAUAUGCCACGGAGGUGCAGUCUAAGGCCAAGAGCCUCAACAACAGCCUCAAGGAUCUCCCCGAUGUUCAGGAGCUGAUCGCCGAGGUCAACGCUGAAAAAUACUCACUUCAAGCUGCUGCCAUUUUAGACACCGAUGAGACUGCGGAAGUUCCGUCUCAGCAGCAAGUGAAAGACAACAGGCCCCUCUGCGAUCGCCUGGAAACCUUCCGCCUUGACCCCGCCCUUGUGGGAAAGCAGCCCAAUCUGGUCCAGUUCCCCCCCGACUUCCAGCCAAUCCCCUGCAAGCCCCUGUUCUUUGACCUUGCUCUCAACCAUGUGGCCUUCCCAGCGCUGGAUGACAAGGUGGAGCAGAAGGGCAAGGGCGGUUUCGCCGGCUACAUCAAGGGCAUGUUUGGCUUCGGCAGCUAAAUCAAACCCCCGACUCUGGCCUCCACGUGAGGACCACCAGGCUCCGAGCUGACCACACUUACUUGAGUCAGUUGAUAAUUUGAAUAAUUUUGGUUACUUUUAAUGUUUGAAAUUGUGGUGCCUCAGUGUGAGAUGAGUGGAGUUUGUGGAUCUGAGGAUGGCACUGUGGGCCUAAUCUUCCAAGAUGGAGUAUGGAAAAGUAAUUGAAUCAAUUUCAAAUGGCAAUAUGACCCAAGUCCACCUGCCAUCUUUAGUAAUAGCAUCAGGCUGUAUGGGCUCCGAGCGUACAAACUCCCUCACUGUGGAGUCUUACAGAUCACCAUGCCAUGGUCUUGAUGCCAACAGCCAAGUUGUUAAUCUCACAAUCUUGUCAGAGGAAACUAAGAUACUUUGGUGUUUCUUUAGUAAAAGAAAAAAAAAAUCAGAUUUACAUAAGCGCCUUCAUUUGAUUGUCUUAAUUUUUUUCCUUUUGCGUGUGUUUCAGCAUUGUUUUGUUAUAUCUAAAACUUACAUAGUCCAGUCUUGCUCAAUGGACACCAGAGACGAUCAGUGACCUGAAGCUUGAUAAACUGAAGCUGACGCACGUAUCAACAUCACAGUUCAGCUGUCCAAACGCUUUUUCUUCUUUUCUUUUUUUUCACCUUUGCCAUGAUUUCUCAUUCUCUUUUUCACACGUUAGUAUGUGAUUCAAAACCUCUCUCCAUACACCGACGAGUCGGCCCACCCAGUCUUCCUCCAUAUAGAACUUCUUUAAAAUCACAUCAUCCACAACACUACAGGCCAGUAAUGCAACAUUAAACCGGAUGAGAAGCUGCUAAAAAGCACGAGAAGGAAGAUCUGUAGACAUCUUUGUAAAAGGCCUCGUAUAAAUCGUGUGUGCAUAUAAAUCAUGUGUGCAGUUGGGUCGACGGACUGGACUAAAGCUUGGAAGUUUUAGGGGCAACAACAUGAGACGAAGCAAUGAAUUAAAGAGUGAAAUGUUUGUUCUCAAAACAGAAGCUGAAUGGUUCAAAGAUUUUAAUGUAUUAAUAUGAGUAUCAAAUUACUGUGAUAUUUGGUUCUGAACUGACCAUAAUGUCAGACAAGGGUCCAACUGGUUUAGCUCAUGUAAAACUCAAAUCUUUAUCAACAGCCCUUCAAUAUAUAGAAGACAUGUUUUUUCUACUAAAGGGCCUCCUUGCUGACACCCUUACUGUACCCAUACUGUACCCAUACUAGGGUAUGAAAUUGUAAGUGUAGCGCAAAUGACAAAUUAGUUGAUGUUUUUAUUUUACAUUUCAGCAAAUUCCCUGUCGCAGGACAGCAGUAGACAUUCAGGACUUGAGAUGUUGGCGUUUCUUUCAUUCAUCACACCGCUGCGGCUCUUUGUCCAUCAUCUGUAGGACUAAAGAAUUUCAUCGACAAUGACAUGUUUAUAUUGUAGCGUUACAAAACUCGUUUGUCAUCAGCUGUUUGCCCGUCAUAAUGUGGAUUCAUGUCCUCUCAAUUCUUCUGAUCCUGAAGGGGCCUGGUUUGACGACAAGUUUGUGUCACUCACCUACAUGUUAACUGUCUUUCAAAUUUUUAGCAAUUUAUUGUUUUCCUUUUUUCCCCUCCCCUUUGGUGUCAUGUUUAUGAAUUAAGAUUGAGGUGCUGGAAAAGUACCUGUACUCAAGCUUAAACAGCCGGAAAAACAUUCAAGAUCAAUAAUUCAAAUGUUGAGAAUGUAUGAUUUAUUUGAUUUAGUUUCCAGGUAUAUCAAUAAAUAUAUUUGCACCAAA